AUGGCCCUAAAGUUGGAAGCAAAGGGUGGUAAGAAAGGAAAUGUAUGGGAUGAUGGUGUUCACGAAAAUGUUAGAAAAGUAUAUGUAGGGCAAGGCCAGAGUUGUAUAUCCUUCGUCAAGUUUGAGUAUGUUGAUGAUUCUGAAGUGAUUAUUGGAGAUGAACAUGGAGAACACACACAAAAAGUUGAGGAGUUUGAGGUUGAUGAAAAUGACUACAUCGUUUACGUAGAAGCUUUCCGUGAGACAGCAACUCAAGAAACCAUCGUGGCUCUUAAGUUCGAGACUUCCAAAGGCAAAACCAAUAAGCACUUCAAGGAGGGUCCGGGGGUGAAGUUCGUUCUCCAAGGUGGCAAAAUCGUUGGGUUUCACGGGCGUUCGACCAAUGUUCUACACUCCCUUGGAGCCUAUAUUUCUGACCCAAUAUCCACUCAUCAAUUGCAUGGAAAGUGGACAAAGAAGAAAAAGGAAGAAGCGAAGCAGGAGAUGACUCCAGCUAUCAGGGGAUGGACAGCUUCCACGAGUGGGACAGUUAAUGGUAAGAAAGGGCUGCUGAUGCAUGGUGGCAAAGCUGUGACCAAUGACCGCUUUGAUGAUCUCUUCUUUUACGAGUUUAACUCUGCUUAA